AUGGAAAGAGUCAUCAACAAUACCAUCAAACAACACUUACUUGGUAAUAGCCUGGUCACUGCUCAGUUUGGGUUCUGCUGGGAUCACUCGGGACGUGACUUCAAUCUAGCUGUGGUUCAGGAGUGGACCAAAGAUCUGAAUGGAGCAGAGCUGACACUGCGACAGUCGCAAUCCUAUUGCACAGACAAUGAGUGUCUGCAAGAAUUGCCUGGACCAAAUGCUUCCAAUGAUAGUGGAAUAACAUUAUCUAUGAUUAUUAUGGCUUGGGUGAUUAUUGCCCUUGUUUUAUUCUUGAUGAGACCUGCUAGUCUGAGAGGAUAUCAAACAGGUGGAAAAUCACAUGGCCCACAGAAUAAUCCAAGACAAGAUCCCCCUGCUCCACCAGUGGAUUAACUUUCUUCAUAUCUUGCAAUUCAGUCAAGAAACCAAUGACCAAAUCAUUGAUUGUGGCCUGAAUAACUCUCAAAAUUCUUAGUUUACUUAUAUUUUACUGAUAUUUUCUUAAGUACUAAAUAUAGAAUAUUGAUCUUACAGUUGAACAAUUAAUUGUACCACUUACAAAUUCAAAAGUAUAUAUUUGAAACUAAUGAAGUCAUUUCCUUUUACAAAAACAACAUUGAAUGCUGGCUCAGCAUUCCGACAGAAUAGUUGAUUUUUACCCAACUGAGGACACUGCAGAUGAUUUUUUUUCAUUUGAAUUGCACAGGGACCGUGAGAUAUGUGCACAUCUGGCACUGGACCAUCACAUAACACAAACAGGACCAACCAAAUCAGAUGUUUGUGGCCCUAAUAGAGCUAAACCAUUAACUUGUAUUUGUGCCAGCAUUGAAGCGGUUAUGGGAUGAGAGGGGUGUGGAGGUUGGGUAAGCUGGUUGAGCAUUACUAACUAAAACUUUUGUUUUGGUUGUUCCUUUAAGUUUUUAAUCUCAGUGGAUCUUAUCCAUACUUCUUAGAGGUCUCUAUCCAACAAUCCUUUUGUAACAGUUACACUUGCAGACUACUUGAAUAUUUUGAUUGCUUUCCUGUAUGAUGCAAUACAUUCCAGACCCCAUUUCAAGUUUAUCAGUAUGCUUAAAUUAAAUGUUCUGGUAUUCUGAGGUCAGUAUAAUUUAUCUUCGUGCCAACUUAUAUUGCAAAUGUAUUACUUUUUAAAAAUUAUAAAAUAUCUUUGUCAUGAGGAUGCACUACCUCCUUCUGUGCGAUUCCAGUGCCAACACCGUUCAGUAGCUGCUGCCAACUUGUAAUAUUCAACUGGGAGAUAGCUUAUUUCAACCAUAGUCCACUACCGUAAGAUUCAUAUUAGCAUGGUGCCAGAUUGUGUGUUACAUAUAGUUUUCUUUAUUUCAUGUUUAUGAUUUUUCUUUAAACUUCCUGUUGAACUGCUUCAUACACAAGUUUAAAAUACCAGUUUUUACAGGAAGUGUUGGUACUACCACAUGUGGUACUCAGUUAUAUUGAUGGCUCGAAAUGAUCUGUGUCUGAGCCAUUCAAAAUAAAAGCAAAAUACUGCAAAUGCUGGAGAUUUGAAAUGAAAAUGAAGUACUAGAGAAAUGCAGCAGAUCUAGCAACAUUCAUGGAGAGGGAAACAGAGUUAUUUCAAGUUGAAUAGGACUCUCCAGAAGUGAGGGAAAAGUCAUGGGUUUGUGCUAUUGAAAGGGGCAGGGAGGAGCCAGUAGGACAGAUGGUAAAGAUAUCCUAGAGCAAGAUGCAAAAGGUGUGCUAAUGGUGGUAGAGAUGUGAUGUAGACAAAUAGUAGGUGUUAAUGACAGAAAAUUGAUUGGUUCUGAGAAAACCCAUAACUGGGAAAUGGGAGUAAAUGGAGAACAGAGUUUGUCAUCUGAAAUUGUUGAGUCCUGAAACCUGUAAAGUAACUAAUUGGAAAAUGAGGUGCUGUACCUCCAGCUUGCACUAGACUUUGCUCAAACACUGUGGGACGUGCAAAACAAAAGCAAGCAAGAUGAUGUAUAGAAGUGUCAAACAACCAGAAGCUAAGGGUCAUUCUUGUGGACGGAGCAGAUGUGUUUUACGAAGUGGUCUCCCAGUCUGCAUGUGGCCUUACCAAUGUAGAGCAGACUGCAUUGUCAGAUGUGAAUACAGUAGACUAGAUUGAAGUACAAGAAAAAAGCUGCUUCAUCUGGAAGGUGUCUUUGGGGCCUUGGACAGUGACAAGGAAGGAGAAAAAGAGGACGAGUGUUAUAACUACCACUGGAUAGGAAAGUGCCAUGGAGUUGAAGAGACAGCACCUUAUUUUCUGCUUAGACACUUUAUAUAUUUCAGGAGUCAACGAUGUGUCCAAUUCUGUCCUCCAUUUUGAUUACACCACCCGCACACAUGUUUUAAAUAUCAGAUUUACAAGUCCCAAGUUCGCCCUUUGAUCUGUAUUGCAAUAACUGAUUUAGGCAAGAAAUUUGGAUACAUUUGUUAUAAGUGAAGAAAGAGCAUGUUUUUAUUUUGAACUUGCUAAAGGAAUUUCAUGUGUACAGAUGUUGAUAUUAUUGAACCUAGCUGUGAUGAUCCUUGUGUUUGAAUUACCACCAAAUCAACCAUGUCCAAUCUGAUGGAUCAAAACCUUAACGAGAGAAUGAAAUUGGAGAAAUGCUAAAAUGUCUGGUGGUGGUGGUUCAGGUUACCGUUGUUCAUUUGUUAUGUAGAAUGAUAGAACAAUCAUAGACGAUCAUAUUUGAGGAAAACAUAAAAUCAUACUUUCUCUCCCACUGUUUGAAGACCCAGCUUAUUUGAAACAAAAUUACUUUGUAACAGUGUUCAAUCUACAAUGAGUUAAGUAGGUUGAGAGAUGAGUAGAAAUGCAUUAAACAAUCAUUUACUAGCAAUCAAUAUGGGAUGAUCUGCACCCACUGCUGGUUAUAACCAGUUAUUAUUUUCCUUGUAACAAAGAUGUAUCUCCAAUUUAUUAAAAUCCUUCAAUAGAGUAAUUCAUGAUACAUGGACCAUUUGCUCAAAUUACAUUUGAGGAGUUCAAGUUCAUUUACUUUUGUAAUUUGUAACAAACUUGUAAUUUGUUAAUCAGUGGAUUCUACAUUAAAGACUAUGAGGUAGAACCAAUGUUGUAUUCAUAGUGCCAUGAUUUUUUAAAAAGACAGGUGAGGAGUCAUUGACUUUGGCCACUCUUUACCAAAAUAAUUGUGUAUCUUGAGGAUCAAACUUUCUGGAAAAUAUGGAAACAAGUCAUACUUUAUAAUGUGAAAUUAUAAUCCACAAUAUUGGUUUCUAUUGAAGCAUUUGAAAACAGAUGUGAAUUCCUGUUUGAAUGUGCUCAGUUCUGUGCUUUGUUUCCACUUCUUAUAAUGUACAAAUCAAAUGUACCUUACAAUUUACCGGUAUAGGAGUGGGUGCUGAAUUAUGAAAAUGAAACCAUUUUGAUUGUGUCAGUAUCUUAAGAAAACACUACCAGCCAUUUAUUUUGUAUUUCGGUCCCCUAAAUUUAAUAGAUCUCCCAGACAUGUCAAAUUAAUGCUGCUUCAUGGUUUUUUUUUUUUUUAAAUCUGCAGUUGAAUUAUUUUUAAAGUAACUUAUUUCUCCAAGGGUCAGCUGUUCAAGUCAUGAACUCCCACCUGAAAUCUCAGGAUUCUUCUGUUCCAGAGUGUAAUUUAGGUUUGUGCUGGAAAGAGAAUUUUCAGUUUGUGUAAAGGUUUCUAUCUAUUAGUUUAAAAUGGUGUGACUGACAUUGAACAAACCUCUAGACUAUCUUAACAUGAUUUUCUAUAAAUUUCUGAGACAAAUGUUUCUUCAUUUUACUAUAGAGAAUGAUGCUGCCUAAAUACAUGAAGGUCAUUUUGUUUCUAAUAUCUUGUUAUGGUUCAAUUUAAAUGGCAACUUUUAAUGGAAAACACUUAACUUGAUUUCAAUGUACUGUUUUAUUCCGUGAUUCAGGUCUAUGAUUGAAUCUCUUCAUGCCUAUAUAUUGUGCACUACCUGGAAACUUGUACUGAAACAUUUUAGUUGAUAACUAACUAUUAAAUGGUAGGAACUCCAAAAAGCAGAAAGUACAUGUUCAAUUUGAAGAAUCUCUUUUUAUAACUCCAUAGGCAAGAUCGAGAAUCAAGAACCAAACACAUGCCUUCUUCGAUAAAAGACUCCCAACCACCCUCGGGGACCCCUUCUCCCACCUCCAACGUUCCUCCUCCUCUUGGACACCUCCUGGCGGGCUCUUGGCCGCCCUGGACUUCUUCAUUGCUAACCGCCAAUGUGACAUCACCCAAUCCAACCUCUCCCCCCUCUGAACAUGCUUCACUCCACUCUCUCCGCACCAAUUCCUGUUUCACUACCAAACCCGCUGACGAAGGCAAGGCGGUGGUAGUCUGGAGGACGGACCUCUAUAUCGCAUAAGCUGAAAGCCAACUGUCCGACACAACGUCAUACCUCCCCCGUUGACCACAACCCCACUAUGGCCCAACAAGAUACCAUCUCCCACACUGUUCAUGACCUCAUUGCUUCUGGUGACCUUCUUCCUGCCCCCCCACACCACGACGCCCACCGCCUACAGCCUUGUAGUCCCCCAGGCCUGCACUGUCCGGUUCUACCUGCUCCCUAAGAUCCACUCCGCAUGCUCCUGCCCCCACCAAACUCAUCUCUUCUUACCUCGACUCCAGUCUCUUUCCCCCUUGGUCCAGACACUCCCCACCUACAUCUGGGACACAAACCACACUCUCCAUCUCUUUGGUAACAUCCAGUUCCCUGGCCCACAGUGCUUCAUGUUUACUAUGGAUGUUCAAUCUGUAACUAGUCCUCCCCCUCAUUAACUUUUCCUUCAAUUCUUCCCACUUUCUUCAAAUCCAGGGGGUUGCCAUGGGCACUUGCAUGGAUCCCAGCUAUGCAUGCCUCUUUGUUGGUUAUGUCGAACAGUCCCUCUUCAGUACGUACACCAGUACUGUUCACCAACUCUUCUGCUGUUACAUCAAUGAUUGCAUCGAUGCUGCAUCCUGCACCCAGGCUGAACUGGGGCAGUUCAACUUUGCUAACCACUUCCACCCCACCCUCAAACACACUUGGUCUAUUUCAGACACCUCCUUCCCUUUUCUUGACCUCUCCAUUUCCAUUUCUGGCAACAGUUCACGGACCAACAUUUACUAUAAACCCACAGACUCCCAUAGCUACCUAGACUACACCUCCUACCACCCUGGAUCCUGCAUAAACUUCAUCCCGUUUUCCCAAUUUCUCCAUCUCUAUCGCAUUUGCUCUGACGAGAAGACAUUUCACACCCAAGCAUCCCAGAUGUCCACCUUUUUCAAACGAAGCUCUUUUUUUUUUCUCCCCCACCACCCCCCUCCUCUGUCAUCCAGACAGGACUCCACCACGCCUCCUCCAUCUCCCACUCCACAGCUCUUAACCAUACCACUCCCCCCAAACAUAAUAAAGGUAGGGUCCCUUGUCCUCACUUUCCACCCCACCAGCCUCCGCAUCCAACAUAUCAUCCGCAAACACUUCCAACUCCGAAUAGACCCCCACCACCUGGAACAUCAUCCACUCCCUACCCCUCUCUGCCUUCUGCAAGGAACAUUCCCUUGGCCACUCCUUAGUUUGUGCCACACUCCCCAACAUCCACUCCAACACCCCAGUACCUUCCCCUGUCACCGUUAAAGAUGCAGCACUUGCCCACACACCAUCUCCCUCACCUCCUAUCCAGGGCCCUGAACAGUCCUUCCAAGUGAGACAGAGCUUCACCUGCAUCCCUUCCAAGCUAGUCUAUUGCAUCCAGUGCUCCUGAUGUGGUCUUCUGUUUGUCAGUGAGACUAAGCAUAGACUAGGUGACUAUUUCGCUGAGCAUCUUCGCCUAGCCCAAAACGGUCAACCCCGGCCCACUCCCCCUCUGACAUGUCCGUCCUUGGCCUUCUCCAGUGUCGCAACAACUCUGAACACAUUUGAAGAACAACAUCUGAUCUUCUGCCUGGGCACCCUACAGCCCAGAGGACUCAACAUUGAGUUCUCUAACUUCAAAUAACCUUCCCACCUGUCCCCUGGCUCCCCUGCGAGCCCCACUUCCUUCCAUUCCACCUUUCUGACCCAUCCUUCCAGCCACUAAUUGGAUUCAUCCCUCCCAUCAACCAACCAGGUCGUACCUACUACCAGUGUCCAUCUAUCACCAUCAUUCCACCUCGACCCCUCCCUCCCCCUCUUUAUCUGCAGCUCCCCCUACCCCCCACAUCCAGUCCUGAGAAGGGUAAUACCCAAAACGUUGACUUCUCCUUUCCUCCAGAUGCUGCCUGGCUUGCUGUGUUCUUCCAGCGUCCUGUUUGUCUACCCCUGUAACAAGACAGGUAAAAUUUGGAAGGAUGGGGCAGUCUACCUUUUUUUUUCAUAGUACCAAAUAUCCACACAAGAAUGGGCAACUUGAUUGCCCAUUUUCUAAGAUACAAGAUGUGAAGACCCACACAAGGGAAUAGGGCGAUAGUACCUUUGGGAAGCCCUCCCUAAAUUAAUGUAUCUAAUAUUGUCUUACUGCUAUCAAUUGUUACAGGAGGAUUGACUCUUUCAUUGUUGAAGUUAUGUAAUUUAGAUUUCUAACCUUGUCGAAAGAUGAUAUCAUGUAACUGUUAACAUUGACUGCUUGCUUGAUCCUUGAUUUCUGCUAUAGUACUGUAAUUAGUGCUGUUCAGAGUUUUAAACAUUAUUAUUGGGAAGAUGGCUUUUACUAUGCACUUUUUUGUUCAAUAUUAAAUGGUUAUAAAUAUGGAAA